AUGUUUGAUGAAUAUGGCAUCAAGAUGAGUUAUGAGAAAGCUUGGAGAUGUAGAGAGAAGGCAGUUAUGUACAAGAGGGGUACUCCAGCAGAAUCUUAUACGAAAUUAUAUGGUUACUUCUACAUGCUGGAACAGAAGAAUCCAGGCACUAUUACUGACAUUGUCAGCGAGGAUAACCGGUUCAAGUACUGUUUCUGGUCACUCGAUGCUUGUAGGAAGGGAUUUAAGUUUUGUCGUCCUGUGAUUAGUAUCGACGGAACAUUCUUGAAGACGAAGUAUGGAGGAACACUGUUAGUUGCUGUUGCGUACGAUGCAAACAACCAAUUGUUUUCGGUAGCCUUUGCAAUUGUUGACAGUGAGAAUCAUGACUCUUGGAAGUAUUUCUUGCGGAAGUUGAAGGAAGCCAUUGGUGAGGUUGAAAAUCUUAUGUUCAUAUCGGAUAGGCAUCAAAGCAUUGAACAUGCUGUUGAUGUUGUUUUCCCAGAAGCAUGCCACUGUGCAUGCUUCAAGCAUAUUACUAUGAAUGUCAAUCACAAGUUUAAGACUGAUGUAUGCAACAAGCAAAUAUGGCUUGCAGCUUACGCAUGGAACAAGACGGAAUGUGAUAGGCAUUUUGAGGUGCUGAAACAGAUGGACCCUGCCAUUGCUACAUACGUCGAGCAAAUAGGGUUUGAAAAGUGGGCUCGUCCUUAUUGUCUAGGCGAUCGGUAUAACAUAAUGACAAGCAACGCUGCCGAAAGCUUCAACAAGGUGACAGAAGAAUUCAGAAAAUAUCCAGUAACUAUUUUGGUUGACUUCAUCAGGUUCACACUUCAAAAUUGGUUUGCUUCUCGUCUCGAAAAGGCUAGUAAGUGCGCUACUCCUUUGGCUACUACUUUUGAAAAUGAUUUAAAGGAUCAACAUAAAGAUGGUAUGUUCAGGAGUGUCCUUCGUAAUGGUGCCCAAUUGUUCAACGUUGGUACGAGUCCUCAAGGUGAGAGAGGUGGUGAUGUGAACUUAGUGGAGAGAACAUGCACUUGCGGACUUUUCCAAACGCUCAAAAUCCCUUGUCCCCAUGCAUGUGUCGCAACAGGUAGUCAGAAUGUGAGCGUGUACACACUUUGCUCUCCAUAUUACACUAAAGAAACGUGGAAGAAGAUCUACGAUGCCACAAUUAAUAUUGUUGGCGAGGAGGAUGAGUGGGUACUACCGGAACAUAUCAAGAACAUAAGAAUCGGGGUACCAGUGGAGAAAAAACCAGUAGGUCGGCCUAGGAAGAGCAAUGCAGGUAGAAGACCGACGAAGCGUCGACCGUCUAAUGGUCAGGUGGUAGUGGAACCUCAUCAUUGUUCGCUAUGUCACGGUUCAGGGCACAACAGAGCUACAUGCAAAGCUCGAGUUUGA